UGCAUGCCGGCGGUGCCGGUGGUGGGGGGAGUGGCAGCGGCGGGUUGUGGGGAGGGUGGAUGGGGCGCGGGGAGAAUUGGGAUCGGCUGCUUGCUGGGACGGGGUCGGGGCAUAGAGGGUCCCGUGGGGUGGGAGGGAGCGGUGCGGGUGGCGGCGAUGUGGUCGACCAGCCGAGGCGGAGGAGGGGGAUGAGUUACGGGACGAGAGGCGCGGUCAGGAGGAAGGUGUCUAGCGAGGAGGACCCGAACGUCAUUCCGCGGACGGCGCCGCUGGGCUUUCUGGGGAGGUUGCCCUUCAAGAUCGUGGGAUCAUUGAGGUACAAGCCGUCGGCCGCCAAUUUGAGGGAGCAUCCAGGUAGUGGGGGAACGGCACAGGGGUAUCAAGGGUCGGCGGGACAGGAGGAGCGUGAGCCAUUACUGGGGAGCAGCGAAGAGGAGGACGCCGCACGACGCCAGAAGGGGUCGCCGCGGCAAAGAGCCAGGUCGAGGAGCGACACCACCACAUCGGGGGACACGUCGAGCUCAUACAGGUCACGAGGGGAUCUGUUCCCGAGCGAUGGCGAAGGCGACGAGGACGCGGUCCCGCUGGACGACGAGUUCACAGUGGCUUUGGAGCGCGUCGACGACCAGGGCAGCACCAGAACGCACAACAGCAAGGGGAAACGGCCUGCAGACAGAGACAGGAACCUAUCUAGGACGCAUUCGCGGACGACAUUGUCGUCGGGAAACACGCCGAAUGAUUCCCGGGGCAGCAGCAACCCCGUUUCCCCUUCCCGGACCAUGGAGGAGGCAAUGGGGUUCCCUUCGCUGGAAGACCUCCAGCGGGAAGAGGAGCAAGCCGAAAGGGAAGAGCACGAGGAACUCGAACGCAGGCGGCAGGCUGCCGCGCAACUGGCCGUGCAGCGGGGGCUGAGCAAGGACCCGUCAGGCCGCGCUUCGGAGGCAACCGGCGGGAUAGAGGGAAAGGACGGCUCGCUGGAUCGAGAAGCUCCACUCCGACCUCCUGAGGGGCAAGUCCCCGGCGCAAGCCCUGGUGCAACCGGUGACGCCGAGUCGGGGGAGGUGGAGGUGGAGGAGCCAAAGCCGCGGUCUGCAAUAUCUCCGGAGCCGGCGCUCUCGCCGACGCUCAAAGCGAAUGGCGAGUCGCGGGUCCAAAGCACGUUUGUGCCGGCGCGGCUGCCGCAUUUUGACUGAUUCUCAGGGCGCGAAACACGUACAU